UCAAUAUUUUUUGAGUUGGCGGUUGGCUGCGUUUUAUGCAACCGCGCGAUUUCUGCGAUUCGUGGUCUUCAGUGAUCAAUGGUCCAGUGACUCGCACGGGCGGCUCUUUAACGUGGAAAGAAAGACUCAAGUCGAGACAAUGUUACACCUGAGAUUUGUCUUUAUGGUCUCUUUGCCUCUGGUUCUGAUGCUUCUGCUUCAGGCUAGCCAACCUGCAGAUGGCUUUAUCAUACGACUUAUAACCGAAACACUGCAAAACAAUGUGGCUGGUGAGCCAGUACUUCACGAACGGACUUCCUGGGACUUUGAUCCUGAAGCGGCCAAGCGAGCGAGGUCUCUAUACUACGAGAAGAAUGGAUUCCGUUCGUCCAAGUUCAUUGAGCGAAUUGGCGUGGGUCUAGAUGGGCACCACCAGGAUCGGAGGGCGGAGCAGGAACAUCGGGAUGUGGGGCGUCUGAAUGGAGAACACAAUGUGAACUAUCCGCCUCCACCAGCUUAGCCAUAAAUAAUUAUGAUUUAAAUUUAA